AUGAUGGGCAGUGGGAAGCGGCCAGCAUCGUCGCCAGCUGCUGCUUUCGAGAGCAAGAAAACAAGAUACUCUUGGAUGAGAGGCGGAGACUUUGAUUUCGCAGAGGCACCGAAGCCUAAACAGACCGCACCCGGUGGUAGAUCUAGCGAUCAGAGCUCCUCAGCACCUCCGGGACCCUUUUCUCAGUCGAGGGAUAGGAGGAGGCCACCACGCUUAGAAUUCAAGGACAAGGUACCGCGAGAGGAUCGAAUCAACUUCCUAAUAACGCCUCGAGACCAGGACUUCGUCAAUAUGCUCCAGUACUUUGACAAGCUGCUGCGGCAGGACAAUCUGUCCGUGAAGGAAAUCUUGGAUGCACAUUUCACUAGCCAUGAGGUCAGCAAGAUCGUCCCUACCACCAAGGAACCAAUCGCUACAUGGCAGAAACAAGACGCCGCCCGGUUCCAGGAGCUCUUGGAGACACAGUUCAAAGGAGUCCUGCCAACGCUCAAGAUGAAGCUUACCAUGUACUACUUUGGGCUGCCGGUAGCGCCUUUGAAGGUGAUCUUCUGCAAUGAGCCUCCAGAUCCGUUGGAUUUGGAUGAUUUUGAUGGUCAAGACAAGUCAAUUCCUCGGGAUCCUCUGGAAUUCUUGGACGAGUAUGUCACACGUGUUCACGAGCCCGAGCCUGCGAGUACCCAGCCGAUGCCUCCAAUUCCGGGAAACUGGCCACUUAGUCUUCGCGGCGGCGUGCUGGACCAGGAAGAAAUGGAUCUGAUUCUAUCCGACAUCGAGGAACAGGAAUCCGUCAUCUGGGAGAGGCAGGCCAACGACCAGCUUCAGGUGUCAUUGCGUGGGGGUGCGCUAGACUACGACGAAGUGUCCGCAAUUGCCCAGGAGGAUCCGAAUACGCCAAAGACUCCAAACAACAAGAAGGAUGGCCACCUCACAAUGUAUGGCCGACAGGGUCACAUCGACUAUGGCCGCAAGUGGGUUGACUUUGUCCUUGCGGCAAAGUUCCUCCUUGGCGAUGCUGCUGCCACCGGACAUCAAGUUCAAGUCGCGAUAGAUCUAUUCGACAAGCAGCGCGACCAUAGUUUCAAGUACGUCUCGACUGUUGAAGGCUCGUUCCUGCUAGAUCCGAAGAGCUACGAGGAGAAGCAGAACGAUGUCAUAAAAACUUUUAUGACGAACAACAUGACGCCAAAUCACGCCAAGGAGUACAAUCGAGUAUGCUUCGUCCGCCUGGUGAGGGACCAACGCCCAUCAACCCCCAAGCCUCAGGUGAAGCCUGGGUCGGGCAUCGUCGAGCUCACGGAAUCCACAGGAUGCGACACUGAGCCUCGUCGCACGACGUACCUGAGAAUCACAAAAGCCCCAUCACAACAUAACUGGCCAAGCCAGUACUUUUAUGAGUUCAAGAGGGCCAUCUACAGUUUGCACCCCGAUGCUCAGCACCACUAUCUUGGGCUCAGACAUACCAUCAAGAACGAGGACUAUGGCAAGCUUUAUGUUGCCCAGGAUCCUCCACUCGUUUUCACAGAAGGGAUUGCCGAGUUCUGCGACGAUGAGAAGGCCGAUCUCGAGUUCUCGGUCACUUUCGAACCAAUCUGCACCAACACAAUCCCGGUCCUUACUCCGGGAAACAUGAGCCUUGAUCCAGCUACGCCGACUGUCGCCGGGACAGUUCAAAAAUCCGCGUUGUCUGAUCUUGGAAAAUUGGUAGACCUAGCCGUCAAUGCCUGUGUUCCUGAUAUCGGACUCAGAGGCACAAUACAGUCUGUGGAACUGUGGCUCCACGCCCAGACAUUCUUCGACGACGCACGCCUGCCAUUCUCCACGGGUUAUGAGGACGGCAAACCGACUCCGGCCAGCCGGGAAAUGUGGAACAACUAUAUCAAUGGUUUCAAAGUAAGUAACCCUGCCAUCUACCAAUCUGGGUUUGGCAUCAUGGCCCGCCCCCUAUUCAAGGAAUAUCGACUUCUGGCGGAAGGCCGGGCAGCCCACCUGGUCAGAAACUUCUUAAGCCUUGACUUGAAUGCCUUCAAAGCCUUGGUGUCGGUUCACCUAUACCCUCAAGCGUAUGACGUAUUCGACACCAACCAUGUCCUGCGCCUAUCUACGCCGUCCAUUGCAUCCCAACAUGCCGUCAGAUUCGACACAAAGCCCGAAGAGUGGGCUCGUAUUAAGCGACGUAUCACUGAGAGCGUCAUAGUUGUGGCCGUGGAGACGGGGCCCAAGAAGUAUGAGUGGCAGGAAGACACAAAAUGGGACCUUUGCGGAUCUUCGUAUUGGGGUCCGUGCUAUGAUGUACCCAAGGACUUCAACCUCGACUUAGCAAUGGGCUCGGCAUCUAAAUCCAGUCGUCUAGAUGGAUCCGCUCAGGGCAAGCCGAAGGUCAAGUUCGACCUUGGGGGCGCUGGCAACGAUGUCACCGACAUAACCAUGCGGGACCAGACGUACUGGCAGCCCCCUUCUAUUUUUGCAAAUCCAUACAAACCAGCCAUGCCACUACACGCGCCUCCUGUGGAGAGCAUGCUUCGCGUGGGUGACAGCAUGCCCGCAGUCAGUCUUGCCAUGCGAACACCCGCAGAGAUGGCGCGUUUGCAGCACGAGGUCCAUACGUUACGUGGUCAGUUGCUGGACCGCAUCAGGGAUUGUCCGUAUGCAGACUGUGACCAGUGCUUCCACUAUCGGGACCAAGAUGGCCUCGACCGUCACCUCAAGGAAGACCACACAAUCCUGAGAUGCCCCUUCUGUCAUGUAUCAGGCUGCUAUGACCACGAAACAGAAAGCGCGCUCUACUUCGCGGACCGUGACCGGGCAUUGCAGCACUUCUAUGACAAGCAUUGGACAGAGUUCCUGGGGCAUGCCAAUGUACCCGUCGAUGCGGACGGGAAGCUAGCAAUAGGGCAAUUCCCUAGCGUGGUCGUUGGAAAUGCAGCUAGGGAACGACUCGUUGCGGACUACAAGUUCUGUCAUCGCUGCGGCCGAGACAACUCCCUUUGUCAUGGGGCUGAGGACCGAGAGCACCACAGACAUAGCUGCAUCAACAAAGACUUCGAAGACCCAACCAAGUUGGGCGGGGAAACCCCCGAGAUCAUCAAGUGGUGCCGGUACUGUGGAGACAAGUACCCUGGCAAGUCCGGUGUGUGUCUUAACGAUGACUGUAUCGAGAAGGCAGAGAACCGACCACAGAAGCUGGAGCAGAAAUUUUGCGCAAGUUGCGGUAUCCCCUUUGCGGGAUGGUCCCAGACAAGCCAAGCAACCCACAAAAUGGGCUGCAAGACACCGGGUGGAAAGACUUGGGAUUUUUGCGGGUUCUGUGGCAUUGAUCAGGCUGGCGUAGACGAUACCAGCCGGAGGAGCCAUGCCAACUGGUGUGAACUACGGCCCAAGCCAACGCCAACUCCGUGUCCAGACUGCGGAGACCUGUACGGUACAUUUAAGGGACCAGAGGAGAUCUUAGAGCACCUAGAUGCUGUCCAUAAACAGUCAGACGACUGCCCCUGGUGCGAGCAGAUCUUCCCGUCCAAUGAUCACAUAUGGCUGCCGGAUGUCAAGAUCCAGCACUUUGCGAAACACAUGGGCCAGGUUGCCAAAGCGGUGCCAGGGGCGUCCACCGGCGAUAGAGUACUAGUGGGCCAGGAGAGAUGUCCCAACUGGCAUACCUGCGGCGUCAUCAUCGGAAGCAUGACCGACAAGCAGUAUCAACUUCAUGUGGACCAGGCCCACGGCGGCCGCAGGGAGAGAAUAGUCCCGUACAAGCCCAACGGGCACCCAAACGUAGUGAACCCAAGGCCGCGUAAUGAGGAGAUCCAGCAGACGAACGGAACCAGUGACGGCACUGACGGGAACAUCCAGGAUAUUGCCGAUCUACAUGUUAGACCGGUCAUGUCGGUCAACCUGACCAGACCUCCGAGGGGAAGCAAGGAAAACCCGAGGCUGACUGACUUGGGGCGGCCCACGAUAAAGUUCCAGUGGCGCUUUAACGGUGUUCGGAACAUGACUGAGCCUAACUGGAUGAAGCUCGAGCCAUAUCAAGGAGACGAAAGGACUUACCUCCCCGAGCCAACUAGGCGUUGUUCCAGGUGCUUCAAGCCCGCACCAGCGACUACCGACAAGAAUCGGUCCUUCGAGAUCAAACUGCAUUCCGACCCCAGGUAUUCCUGCCGGAUUCGCCGUGCUCCCGGUAUCUACAAUCCAGGCGCGGGUUGCGAUGUGCCCAACUCCAGCGGUUGGAUCGAGUUCCCUCCCGACUUUGACUUUAAACAAGCCAGGCAAUCUUUUCUUGCACGCCACAUAGCCUAUGCAGGAACGAUUUUCCCGGUCGAUGACGAGCGGGCUGAUGAUAUCUAUGACGGACCACAGCCAAACAGAGGCCAGUCCAGAGACGAUGUCAUGGCAAAUUCACUGACAGAAGCUGCUAUGGCCCGCCACCAAUUGCCAUGGCCACCCUACAAAGGCCCCGGCACAUAUCAGAGAGUCGACAUACCGGGACAGCCGGUCAUUCACGUUCCAGCGUUUCCAGCGUUUCAGGACGUGGGUGUUGUUGGCUCUUCCACUCGCCGCGCAACAGCCGCCAUUGAGAACUCACAACUCGGGAAGACAAAGAUUCCCAAUAAAACCGGGCCGACAUCUGUGACCAAGACAGCUAUCAUGAACUCUGCUAAGCUGGCAGAGCAAUCCGCGAGAGGUAGCACGGCCCAGGAUUACGCUGCGAAGUCGACAGGGCAAUCCACAAGAGGCAGUACGGCCCAGGCUGACUUUGGCGUCGACGAGAACGGGGACGUGGAUGGGGACAUCGGCAUGAGCAGCGACUCGGACAUCGAGAUACAAAUGCCCGAUUCCAUGAUACCCGAGUCUCUACGCAGAAGUUCCAAGAAGCGACAGUGGCCCAGCGACAUUGACCCCCUCUACCGCAGGGGAAGUCGUGAUGAUGAGCCAGAAGAAGAAUUCGACGACCGUAGUACGCAGAGAGAUGGUGUGGCCGAAGACUUUUCCACGGUGCCAUUAGAUGCAGAGGCCAUAUCUCCGUCCUGGAAUUCCCCCAAAGAGGCAAAUUUUCCCAAGAACAAAGGGAGACCCAGCAGGAAGACACCACUUGUGACUGUCAGCAAGGCUCAGAGCGAGGAACCCCCCGUCAAGAGGGUCAAGAAAUCUGCCACCUCAAGCAGAGGCACCACGCCUCUGGCGGGUGGAGAGGCAGGACCGCCCGGCCAGGCAGCUAGAAAUAGAGCACGCUCUGCGACCCCUGCUGUCGAACCUAAGCAGCCACCAGCGACAACAGGGAGGGCAACUCCUGGGCCUCGAAGCAGAGGAAUGGCCUCACGGGCAGAUGACUAUGGUCCGGAAGGGCCAACACGCUUCACCCCCGCGCCAGGGACUCUUGAUACUCUACCAUCUCUGCCCACCACGGAGCGCAAAAGUAGUCGGGUUCUGAAGCCAAUCAAGAAGGUCACCUACGAGGACGAGAGCGUAAGUGAAGAGGACGUCCAGGACGCCAGAGCGGCGGCCAGUGAGGCCGGCCCCGCGAAGACACCAGCCAAACGCGCUCGGAAAAAGGCCGGCGAGGAUGGUGAGCCCUCUACGGUUACGAAGGCUACCAGAACGCCUGCUAGGACUCCGGCCAAGACACCGACCCGAACGCCGGGGACGAGGAGCCGGAAGAGGGUCGAGGUUGAUUGCGAACCCGAUAUCAAUGAUCAGACCGGGGGUCAAGAUGACGACGGGACCAAACCCAAGAAAAGAGUCCCACGUAUCAAGUGA